GUAAAUCUCUGUCUUUGAUGCAGCUUUAAAAGGUUUUAUGGAGGACUCGCCUACACGUACUCAUUCUGCCCAAGACAUGACACAGUUUGUCUCUCUUGAGCCAACUGGUAUAAACAAAGGAAGUAAUGAGCGCAUAAGAGGAUCCAUAGAAACACAAAAACCAACAGCUGUGCCAACCAACCUUACGUCAUUUCUCAAACUAAAAGAUACACAACCACACAUCCAACCAACACAACAGAUCACUGAAUCUCCAGCAAUGAACCCAAACACAACUGGUGAGUCCCCAUCAGACUCAUAUACCUUUACUCAAUUUAAAAACAUUCAGAGCCAGACGUCAGGUUUAACUCUUCUGGAUAUGGACAACUUCACCGCCUCAACCUCUAUGGAAAAACACCAUAACCAGAGCCAAAUAACCGAGCAAUCUGAAGAAACCAAGAUGUCAGCGACAAACAAUACAGACCUUGUUGAACCUCUCAAGAAAAAUACUUCUCAAGCCCCUAUGAGGACUACUGACAAUAAUGAAAGGGAGAAGGUGAAAUCUCAGACGUGGUGGCCUGUGAUUGAAAAACAUGACAUUCCUAUCGUGGUUGGAGUCUGUGUUUCCCUGGCGUUUAUUUUCAUUGCCAUGGCUUUUUACUCUUUGAUUCAGACAAAGGAUUCGGCAGCUGUUCCUACUGGGAGAGCAGCUUUUAGGGGCAUCUGUGGGCCAUGCAGACAUGGGGAACGUCUUGCCAAAGAAGGGACUUACGAUAACAAGUUAGUUGAGUCAACAAGUAAAUCAAAUAAUGAUCCUGAUAUAUUCCAUGCCCAAUGAAUAGAUGUUUUUGUAACAGUAUGAUGGCAUUUUCAGGGCAUAUGAAGAUGAUGAUUUGUUGGCUGUUAUUGAGCAAAGCCCCAACACAUCAGAAGCCAGAGCACUUCCACCAGAAUCCAGCCCCAGCAUCCUGCCCAUGGAACCAUCCUUCAGCAAG